AUGUCGAACGAAAUUUCCAUUUUUAUUCUUUUUAUUUUUUGUGGCCAACUCCAUUUGAGCGAAGAAAAUUUGUACCGUCUGGGUACAAAAACACAUUAUAACUUGUCACACGAGAUUGAUAAGCAUGACAAGUUUACGCAACUGGCACCCGGUGACAAUUUUCUACCUUCCGAUAAGUUCUUGCACAUGUACGGCAAUUUCAGGCACGGAAGUCGAUAUCCGGGCAAAAAGGACGUCGUAAACGGUUUGAAUAUUACGGAGAAGCUAAAGAAUUUAAACUUUCCGUCUGAUAAAUAUCAAGAAAUGCAUUACGUAAUUCAAGAUAUGAAAAAUACGGAACAUAGUAAGUUGUCGCCGUCAGGCAAACAAGAACAUAGAGAUAUUGGUAGAAAAUAUGGCGGAAUAUUCAAGGAUUUAAAUUUUGGUAAAAUCGAUCCGAGCAAUACAGUUUUUGGACACUCAAAUGUAUCGAGAGCUAUGGAAAGCAUGGAAGGGUUCAUGGAAACCUUUUUGCCUGUUGUUGAUCCUAAAUCUAAGAACAAUGCCUACAAAAGAGAAAACAAGAGAUCUCUGCUGAGAUUUUUUGAAUUCUGCACUGAAUAUAUCAAUACAGUUAAAAACAAUAAGACAAUGGGGGAAGAAAAGAAUACAUUUAUGAAUAAUAACAGGGAAAAACUGCUAAGUUACAUAAAAGAAAAAGCAUAUUGGGAGAAAGGCCCUGGUGUGAAAAUAAACUAUGCCAUGAGUUGUGGAGUCAUUAAAGAAAUUUUUGGCAUAUAUGAUGAAAUUCUGGCUAAAAAAAGCAAGGAGAUUGCAAGAUUUUACUUUAGCCAUGCUGAAACAUUGAUACCUCUGUUGAACAUCAUUGGAUUGUUCAGGGGUGAUCCACCAUUGAAACAUAACACUUUCGAAGCUAACAAGAACAGGGAGUUCAAAACAACCAGGGUUUCUCCCUUUGCCACUAAUUUUGUUUUUGUACUUAUGGAGCGUGAGAAAACAGCGUAUAUACGUCUCUAUUUCAAAGGAGAACCCUACCAAUUUAGCUUUUGUAAAUCAAGCAUUUGUGAAUACUCGAAGAAUCCUUCCGACCGAAGAAAUAAUUAUGUUGAACAUGGUACUUUGAAGUUCCUAAACAUGAUAUGCUGUUUGGGGAUUAUCAGUUACAUUCUCAUUUGA